ACGGCAAUCGUACAAUUUCGUCGACGUCGCGGUAUUCUGUGGUUCAUGUAUUACGGGACACGGCCAACUUGACGUUUUUAUGCACGGAAAAAUGAAUUCGCGAUCGUAUUGAAAUUACUGUGUCCGUUUCUCAGCGUUUCAUCGGCAAAAUGUUUCUGCCGGCCUGCUUGCCCGUUGCGAUUUUUGUUUUAACCGCCGUUACGACAUCGAUAACAUUUUAUUUAUCGGCAAUAUAUACCGAUCAUGUAAAUUACACUUUGCCUUAUAUAAGCGAUACGGGAACAUACCCUCCUGAAAGCUGCAUAUUUGGACAGCUCCUAAAUAUAAUAUCCGUUCUUGUCGGGUUCGUAAUGUACAUAAAAUUCCGUCAAGUGAAGGAAAUAUUCGAGAAACAUCACAUCGACGAACAGCUCAACAUUAACGAAAUAGGCCUCUUUGUCGGCAUAUUGGCCGCGUUUGGGAUAAGCGUGGUAGCCAAUUUCCAAGAAACCAAUGUCUUCGUCGUGCACUGGAUAGGCGCCAUACUUACCUUUGGUUGCGGCUCGGUGUAUUGUUCCUUGCAGACGCUUUUGUACAUCAAAAUCUCGCCCGUAAUAGGCCAAAGGAAGUUGACGUUAUUCCGGAUCAUUUUGUCACUGGUUUCGUUCGUAACCUUCUUGGUGUUCACGAUAACGGGUUUCAUGGCCUACGCCGAAUUUAAAGGUGACGAUGUGACAAAGUGGACAAAAGAGGACGGUGGAUUUGAUAUCCAUCAAAUUAGUACCAACACAGAGUGGAUAUGCGCAGGUUGUACCAUGAUAUACAUUCUUUUGCUUGUUCAGGAAUUCCGAAAGAUCACCGUACGUCCCUUGACGGUGGUUUUGGAACCGCCCACGUUAUGCGAUGCCCACCCCACUUGAUUGGUUUUUACUAUACAGGGUGUUAUUUAACUAAGUAGCGUAGCAUUAAAGAAUGAUUCCUCUGUUAUUUUAAAAUUUCGUAAAAUGCAACACCUUUGUUUUUACGUAUAAAAGGCGUUAAAUUCACCAUUAUUUACUUAAUACAUUUUUAUUGCAUUGCUGCAAAUAUUAUUUACAAACAAAUAAAACUCUACUUAAAGACUGCAUAAAUACGUAACAGACUAUUUAUGUUAUCGGUUAGCCAUUAAUUCACUUUUAUCCAUUAAUUACAAUUUACUGUAAGGAAAUAAUAUUUGCCAGGGUCUAAAUAUUUUUAUACGUACCCUA